AUGGACAUGGACAUGCUCAUGACAGACGCCGGCGCCCCAGCCACAGUGGGGCUCUACGCACUUCCGACGGAGAUACUUAUUCAGAUCCUGGCAACUUUCCCUACACGUUCACUACUGCCGCUCGCCGCAAUCUCUCGACGUUUCUAUGACCUUGUGCUGAGCAUCGUCUAUCAUCGUCUAGUCUUGGCUGCAUCGUUGCGAGGCCAUUCACUCGUGCUAGAAUGCUACCAUCCGGCAAAAAAGCUUGAGGAGCCCUCACUUCCAUGUGAUUAUCUCGACAGCAAUGGCUUCAAUGUCAAGGCAGGUCAAGAAAGCCAUGUCUACUACGGCAAGGCAGAUGCUGGUCGAUUGGCCAAGCUCACGGGGCUGUAUUCGCGAUUCCGUCCAAAACAGCCUGAAAUAGAGCGAACACGCGCUCGGCAUCCGGCUGUUGAUGUCCCCGGCCAUCCAGGCACCAGCACGGCCUUCCCUCCCUUGGUGAUUCGUCAACCGUCGGGUAAAGGAGAGCUCGUUUCGCAAACCGUCAGCCUCGAUGCCGAUGAAUAUUUUACGCAACUCUGCACCAAGACGCUGCUUGUCAAGGCCGGUCAGCCUUCUAGUAUUUUUCUCAACUUUGUGGAGGUCACAGACAGCGUAGUCCGGUUGCGACGAGAUUGGCUUGCCAAACAGGCAGCCUUGACUGCCGAAGAAGAGAAACGAAAAUCCCGCAAAAAGGCCGAUGAGCGCAUCCUAUGGAUUGAUAGAAAGAAGCACGUUGGUAUUAGACUUAAGGUACAGGAAAGUACGGAGCGCUCUCAACCCCUAUUGGGCCAUCAGGAUGAAGAGAUACCUGUCACAUACACCAUUGAGUUUGAAGAACUCCUUGUGCGGACUGCGCACUUGUCGGUCAUGCUCGAGCAAGCUCUUGUGCGCCAGGAGAAUCCGUCUCAAAAAGCAAUCGUGUUUGGAUUUUUCCACUGA